AUGGCCACAUACUCUCCUCAUCGUGAGGAGCACUCACCAAAGAGUGCCUUCUCACGUUUCGAUCCCCAUUCCGCUAUACGGGAGAUCCGCCGCUCACUAUCUCGCUCCCCUUCAAAAAGUACGGAUUUUCGCCAACAAUCGCUACGGUCCCCAGGACCCGGCAAUCUGCCUUUCUCGCCUUCUCCACUGUCACCAUCGAGAAACACAACAUCUGAGAAUUUUCUACACCUGGGUAAUAUGGCUUCUCAUCCGAAUCGAACGGCUUCGGCUUCCCGUUUUUCACGUCCUUCUCUUCGGCGAACAAAUCAGUCUCAUGGAGUGACUCGUCUUCGGACUUCGCCUAGGAGUCCUACCAAGCGAGUUCUGACGGAUUCGAAUGACGGUGGGAAUUCAUCUCCUAUGCCACUUCGCAAAAGGAGUUCAGCAGAGGCAGAGCGCGAACUGGCGUUGAAAUGCUUAACUGCUGGAGAGGAAAAGGAGAACGAUAAGUCUCCGAAUGAACCGCUCAGCUGGAAGAGUGUUCAUACUCGACAGGAAAAGAGACGAAGUGGCGGGAUGCUGAUCACAGCUGUUGCUCCUCUCAGUCCUAUGAAGAGAUCAGACUGUCCUAGAUCAGACGAAACGCCGGGUUGCGAAAGUCCUUCGGCUAAGAGGAGAAGUCUUCACGGGCCAGGCCUCGAUUUCAGCAUAUUCGAGUCCGACAGUCUGGACAGCGGAAUGUUCGGUGACAAACGAGCACAAGACGAUAAUGACUGGUUCGUGGGCAACUCGUUUCUGUCGUCAUCACGGUUUUCAACAAUUCCAAAGCGGUCGUCAUCUUUGAGAAAGUCGACUAUUCAACAACGACAGAUUGACCGGUCAAGCAAUUUGAAAUUGUACCACGCCACGGAGGCGGACAAGUCUUGGUUAGACUUCACUCCAGCCGCAAACCCCAAGAAGGAAAUGCGCAUGUCUCUGGACAACCACAUUAAUGCAUUCCCGCGUGACAGUCCUUUUCCCAGCCAAGGAAAUCUCUUGAGUGCUUCAAUCCAUCCCAUGACUGCUACUGGGAACGGCUCAUCCUACCAGCCCCGACAUCCACUUUCACGAACAGUGACCCAAUCAUUGUCUCAGCCUGACGAGCAAGACGAUUCACCUACUCAUGGACCGAUCCAUCGCCCGAGCAGACCUCGUUCCCACGAUUUCUCAAAGUCCCUGCCGGUCGGCUCUUCAAGACCAGUUCCAUCUUCUGAAGACAAUGAAUUCUCCUCUCAGACUUCUUUCGCCACCCCAGGCAACUACAAGGCUGCCAGACCCUUGCCCGCUGCUUUCAUGUCUACCGGUCUCAUCUCAAAGAAGAACCGUAAUGUGGAAGAUCCAAAUGCUGGCUUACCGAAAGCCCAUAUGCCAGAUACUCCCUGUAAGAAACAGCCUGCAAUCUUUCAGAACGAGGAGAAAUUUGCACCCGCCAAGAGUGCUAUCAACAGAAUCUCUCGACAGUCUUUCGGUGUUCCCGCAAGUCCGCUCGAGAUGAGCCACGGUGCUUCCAAGGUCUCAGCCUUUCCUUUCUCUAAGAGUCUCGGUAUCUUCGGGGUUCGAUCGAGUCGACACAAUUUGCUUCGGGACGGAAGUUUUGCAUCCAUCGACCCCGAAGACAAGGUGACCCGUCGUUCGCCGCUUAGUCGCGCGAAUAGUCAGUCCACCGAUUCUGAUUAUCCUCCUACCCCUACCAAACACUUAACAGAGCCUCAAGAUCGUGGCUCGGUGUCUCCAUCGCCACACCAAUCAGCCUUGUCUGCCAAUCAAGCUAUCGCUCCCUCUACCCAUAUAACUCGAUUGUCAAGCAGUAAGUUGUCUCCUAUUUCGGCAUCGCUAGGAUGCGUCGACCUGGACAGUGACAGCGCGAUGGAAGAUUCCCCAUCCGCCAACCUGAGACCAAAGUCGGCGCUAAAUGUCGUCUCGCUGCCGAGUCCUUCUUUUGCCAAUGGUCGUGCUUCGAAAAGUCUCAGAUUCCCGACUCCUUCGGCGAGGAAGACUCACUCGAUUCCGACCAUGCAUUGCCCUGCUUUAGAGCGUGCUAAGAUAAUGUCUGUGCCACCAGUAAGCCCAAGAAUCGAAAAGACCGAUCGCGGUUCUCCUCACACCCCUCUCGACAGCUUCUUCCCUCCUGAUCCGAGCGGCCUGACCAUUUCAGGCCGGGCCGAACGUCCACCCACGAGGCAGAAUAACAUGGCCCCUAUCAUUCCGGCGACACCAACUGGGCCACGAGAGUACUUUCCGAAUUUCUCCAACCGUCCAAGUCUAAAUCUUGCCUCAUCGGACGCAACAAAUAUCGACAGCAGCUUAACGUCAAGGUUCGACAAGGUCGAUCUUAUUGGCUCUGGAGAGUUCUCGCAAGUUUAUCGAGUUUCUCAACCACCGGAGACAUCGCCAUAUCAUAAGGUCUAUUCUGUGUCAACCAGCCGUCCAUCAUCAAGAAGUUCUGUGCCCGAAAAAGUUUGGGCUGUCAAGAGAUCGCGGUAUCCUUAUGCCGGUACCAGAGACCGCCAGAGAAAGAUACACGAGGUGGAUGUGCUCAAGGCCUUGGGUCAUUCAGAUCACAUUGUGACUUUCGUCGACAGUUGGGAGGAAAAUAGCCACCUUUACAUUCAAACAGAAUUCUGCGAAGAGGGUACGCUCGACGUCUUCCUUGCACAAAUCGGCCUGAAGGCGAGAUUGGACGACUUCCGCAUCUGGAAGAUCCUUCUUGAGCUGGCAAUGGGUUUGAAGCACAUCCACGACUCCGGAUUUAUACAUCUCGACCUCAAGCCAGCCAACGUCCUCAUUACAUUCGAGGGCGUGCUCAAGAUUGCGGACUUCGGCAUGGCCACUCGAUGGCCGGCAAAGGCUGGCAUCGAAGGUGAAGGUGAUCGUGAAUACAUCGGGCCAGAGAUUCUGAUGGGCAGAUAUGAUAAACCUGCAGACAUAUUUGCGCUUGGGCUGAUCAUGUUGGAAACAGCCGGGAAUGUUGAACUACCGGACAAUGGCGUAUCGUGGCAGAAGCUGCGAAACGGGGAUCUGAGCGAUGUCCCAAGUUUGACCUGGAGUUCUGGGACAAGCGGCAUUUUGAGGGACGCGUCUGGUAAUCCUGUGCCCAGAGAAAAUUCUUUUGAGUUCCGCCAGGAUAGCCAUCACGACGAUGUGGAAGUGAUGUACGGCGAUGAUUCCGGGGCUGCUGUGGCCGAGCCUGCCCGAAAAGCCUCACGAUUUGAACGAAGCGGCGAACUCGUCGACCCACCUCAAUUCAUGGUGGAUCCGUCACACGAACAAGCUCUCGACCGAGUUGUGCGCUGGAUGAUAUCUCCAGAUCCGAACGACCGUCCUCUUGCCAGCGAAGUGCUUAGCACGGAAGGCGUGCGGUGGGCAGAAACAAGACGACGUGCAGGAGCGACUAUCUUCGAAGGCAACUGGGGACCUGCUGACGAAGUCCUUGCCGAAGAUGCGGAGAUGAUCGAUGUUUAA